CCUUUAAGAGGCGCGGCCGCCGGGACCCGGCCAGACGCGGGCAGCGCCUGGGACUCGUCGCCGGCCGGGACUCGCCGCCCGCAGCGCUCGGCUCCUCCUUCUCCUCCUCCUCCUCUAGCGACCGCGCUCCGCAGCGAUGGACGGAGACGGGGACCCAGAGAGCGUGGGCCAGCCGGAGGAGGCGAGCCCGGAGGAGCAGCCCGAGGAGGAGGCGGCGGCGAGCGCCGAGGGGAGCGCGGAGGAGGAGCAGCCCGGGGAGGAGGCGGAGGCGGCGGCGGCCGCGUACCUGGCCGAGCUGCCCGAGCCGCUGCUGCUGCGCGUGCUGGCCGAGCUGCCCGCGGCGCAGCUGGUGCAGGCCUGCCGCCUGGUGUGCCUGCGCUGGAAGGAGCUGGUGGACGGCGCCCCGCUGUGGCUGCUCAAGUGCCAGCAGGAGGGGCUGGUGCCCGCGGGCGACGCCGACGACUCGCGCGAACACUGGCAGCACUUCUACUUCCUGAGCAAGCGGCGCCGCAACCUGCUGCGCAACCCCUGCGGGGAAGAGGACUUGGAAGGCUGGAGCGACGUGGAGCACGGCGGGGACGGCUGGCGGGUGGAGGAGAUGCCCGGGGACGGCGGCGUGGACUUCAUCCACGACGACAGCGUGAAGAAGUACUUCGCCUCCUCCUUCGAGUGGUGUCGCAAAGCGCAGGUCAUUGACCUGCAGGCUGAGGGCUACUGGGAGGAGCUGCUGGACACCACCCAGCCGGCCAUCGUGGUGAAGGACUGGUACUCGGGCCGCAACGACGCCGGCUGCCUGUACGAGCUCACGGUGAGGCUGCUGUCGGAGCACGAGGACGUGCUGGCCGAGUUCAACAGCGGGCAGGUGGCAGUGCCCCAGGACAGCGAGGACGGCGGCUGGAUGGAGAUCUCGCACACCUUCACCGACUACGGGCCGGGCGUCCGCUUCGUCCGCUUCGAGCACGCCGGGCAGGACUCCGUGUACUGGAAGGGCUGGUUCGGGGCCCGGGUGACCAACAGCAGCGUGUGGGUGGAGCCCUGAGUGACCCCCCGCCCCCGGCCGUCCCGGAGGGCCGAGGCCGGGAGCUAGGCCUUAACUUAGUGGGUAGUGCAUCCUCGCCGGCCCCGCCCUUGCGCCCCGCCGGCCCCCGCGGGGGGAGAGGGGUUGGCUGCGGGGAGACCGAGCCCCCCGCGCGUGCGACCCGGGGCCGUGGGCCUGCUGCUGACCCCGCGCUCUAGCCCGCGCCUGCCUGCGGGCGGCGCUCAAUAAAG